AUGGGGAAGAAGAAAGCUGUGAAGUACUUUGUGGUCGAUGCUUUCACUGAUUCGGCUUUCAAAGGGAACCCAGCGGCGGUUUGUUUUCUCGACGACGACAACAAGAGAGACGACACGUGGCUUCAAUCUCUCGCCGCCGAAUUCAACAUCUCCGAAACUUGUUUUCUAACUCCGGUCACCGGUCUCCAAGCUCGCUUCGGUCUCCGUUGGUUUACCCCAAAUGCCGAGGUGGAUCUCUGUGGUCAUGCGACUUUAGCAUCUGCACACUGUCUCUUCUCAAAUGGAUUGGUUGAUUCAGAGAAGGUCGAGUUUGUCACAAGAUCAGGGAUUCUCACAGCCAAGCGAGUCAUAAACACUAUAGAGAUCAAUGAUGGUGAAGUGAAAGGUGGAUCCUUUUUGAUCGAGUUGGAUUUCCCAGUGAUUCAAACUUCUGAUAUCAAUCUCAGUGAUGACUCCUCCGCCAUGAUCACCAAGUCCAUGAAUGGAGUUACCAUUGUUGAUAUAAAAGCUACGGCGAACAACAACAUCAUCGUUGUGCUUCCAUCUAUGGAAUCUGUCAUUGAUUUGCAACCAAGAAUUGAUGAGAUAUUGAACUGUCCAUGCAACGGAAUCAUUGUGACAGCUGCUGGCUUUGAAGGAUCUGCUUAUGAUUUCUACAGUCGCUACUUCCCUCCUAAAUUCGGUAUUGAUGAGGACCCUGUUUGUGGAAGUGCACAUUGUGCAUUGGCACAUUACUGGAGCUUAGAGAAGAAAAAGUGUGAUUUCUUAGCCUACCAAGCUUCGGCGAGGAGUGGAACAAUUGGGAUUCAUCUAGACAAGGAGAAGCAGAGGGUUCUUCUGAGAGGCAAGGCCGUGACUGUAAUGGAAGGGCAUAUCUUGGUCUAA